AAAGAUUAUUGUACAUGUAAAAUAUUCUGAUGAUUGAAAAUAUAAUUGUAACAGGCAAAAGAAGAGAAUUGUUAAUGAAAUAUUUUAGAAUACGUGCUUCUAAAGCUGCAUUAGAAGAAAUUAUUGGUGAUCCACCUUUACCUGAAUCAUCUUGUUUAACUGAAUAUAUAGACAACUUUUGCGACAACGACUUUACUCCGUUAAUGGAACAUUCUGAAUUCGAUAUUCAGAAACUUAUGAAAAAUCCUUUGUAUUGUGGAAAUGUACAAACAUAUUACAAAGAACAAUUUGAUAAAGGUAAUUUAAAGGCUACUGCCGAAUUUCGAAAUAAAAAACGACCUUUUGUCAGAAGAUCACUUUUUACAACACCACCUGAACUUGCAUUGGAAGAACCUUUGGAUGGAUUUUAAGACAAUUUUUUGGCUUUUUAAGAGUAUUUAUUAAUUGUCAUCAAAAGAAAUAUGAUAUACAGAAAAUAGUAUAUACAUAUGCACAUGAAAACUUGAAUAUAUCGCGCAAAUUCAAGAAAUUUCGCUUUCCGUUCUUGAGUGGUUUCGCAACAGCUAUUUUAUUUAAACGAUAAAUCAUUUACUUUUUGGAUUAAAGAAUGUGGAUUGAUAAUAUACAAUACAAAUAAAAAUCUGCUUCAUGUUUUAAAAUUUGCUAUCCAAAGCAAAAAUCUUCCAAACAUUUCGUAAUUAGUUUUUUCAAAAUUCCUAGUUCGAAUCUUGUACUAAUAUACUAUAUAUAAUCCUUAUUCAAUGCUUUUAAUUGAAUGUCAGAAGCAAGUCCUUAACCAACGUUUGAUGAUCAGUCAUGAAAUUAAAGAUGAUGUCGAAUACGAAAUUAAGAUUAAAUAAUCACGCACGAAGGGAUACAAACUGAUGGAAAACGUCUAAAAUGUGCGAAUCAAGAUCUGGCGUGAACAGUAAUGUUUCUAAUGUCGAGGAAUACUUCUGUACUUGUUCGUGAUGCUACAAAAAUAAUAAUAAAUAAUUAAUAUAUAAAUAAUGUUUUUAAAAAUAUAAUAAGAAAUUCAAAUGUUUAUCUAUGCUUACUGUAAGGAAAACUUGUUGAAGCCUUCCGAUCGUCCAUUUAUACCAAUGUGUGUUGUAGUCAAUGCCAUCUGUAUCGCAUUUUACCAAAUGUUCGGAAAGAAUCAUUAUAAAACGCUAAACAAAUAUAUUAAUAAAUCAGUCUUUAUAAAUUCUGUAAA